AAAAGCAAAGAUGUAAGUUAAACUUUGAGUUUUUACAGAUUUAUUCUCUUGUUUGAGAAACUAAAAUAGUCAAUUGCAUGUAUUUUAAUCCAUUGUACCAAUAAAGAAAGAAUUCUUGAAAGUUAUCAUUUGGGAAUAGAGCAAUUUAUUGUUUUUUAUUUAUUAGCAGGUAUAAUAAUUUAAUUGACAAAUUCAAAGUAGUGUUUCUGGAAAUGUUUCGUGGGAAGAGAUAUGGCUCUGUUGCAACUUUUUUUCCUCAUUGAAAGUACUAUUUUGAUUGGUGCAUCUUUAACUACACUGCUAAAAUUCACAAUUGAGCCCGAAGAUAUUUCACUGUUCCCGCAUGAAACAGCCCUUCUCCACUGUUCUGCUAUUUCACCAACUACAACAAAAUUAUAUUAUCAAUGGUCAUACAAGGGUUUUUUCUUAAAAAGUGAAAAUAUUCUUCAAAAUGGUUCUUUACUCGUCGGAGGAAAUGCGAUUGGUUGUUACAGAUGCUUUGUAUCUGAUUCAUUUGGUACUAUUCGAAGUAAAACAUGCACUGUGAAGAAGGCAGGAAUAUUUGCUCAGAAGAUCCAUUUAAACCACUUUACGGUGAAGGACAAAUCAUUUAUACUUCUACCGCGUCCUGUUUUUAAAAGUAAUCCACCAAUCACCUCUUUCCGUUGGGAAAUCCGAAAUCAAACCACCAAAUUAUGGAGACCAAUUUCAAAUGUUUCCUACACAACGAAUGGGAGUUUGUUUACACAAGUCACUUCAGAGUCAGGAUUGUUGUUGUGGUAUCGUUUCGUAGUAGAACAAGCAUCAAAGCUCAACAUAACAAAAGAAAUAAUGAACAUCUCUGUUAGUAUUACAUAUAAAACGUCACAAGCAGUUCCAUGCCCAAGUAAAAACUACACAGUUUUCCAAGCGCCACGAAGUGUUACAGUUUUUGUUGGUGAUGAUAUUGUACUUGAAGGUCUGGUGGCAUAUGAACAAUGCAGAGAUAAGAUCCAAGUUGGAUGGCUAUUUAACACUACUCACAUCUCUUCAACUAGUCUGUUGUUGAUUAAAAAUGCAACAAUGGCAUUAAGUGGAGCUUAUACCUUUUUUGCAUUUGGUGAUGGUGAAAGUUAUCACGAAUAUGUUAAAGUGGAUGUCAUAGAGAAACCAACAAUACAAGAUCCAUCAAAACAAGUGACAGUGCAUGUUGAUAAUAAAUCUACCAUUUUAAAUGUUGACAUCUCAAGGUCAACAUUACCUUAUGCAAUUUCGUGGUUUGUGGAUGGCUUCAAGAUUCAGAAAAGUCAAAAAUACGCUCUUUUGAAAAACGGAAGUUUAAAAAUUAAUUCAAUCGAUCGAACAGAUUCAGGUUUUUAUCAAACAAUAUUUAUUGUGAAGAAAGAAAGAUUAUUGUCAACCAUAAAACUGGUUGUAACUGAUGACAUUCCAGAAUGUGGUGGAAAAGUUGUUGCUACCCAUGGAAUGAUUUCAUUCUUUAACGUUACUACGAUGAAAAACCUUAAAUACAGCUUUUUCUGUAAAUGGUUUGUGAAAAUACCAACGCAACAAAUCACUGAAAUACAUUUUGAAAAGUUCAGCUUUACCAAAACAGUUAGCUGUGACAAGACUCAUAUUAACAUUUGGUUUCGUAACCAGACCUAUCAAGGAAAGAGGUAUAAACUCUGCACCAGCAGCCCAUCAACAUGGCGUACCAAUUUCUCUGAAAACGGAAUAUUGGUUACUGCUUAUGUUAAUCCGGACUAUUGGAGGGAUAAUGGCUUUAUUCUUUCUUUUUCGCCGAAAAAAGAAAGAACCAUAUCGACACAUACCGUUGCAACCAAAAUAAUACCAAUGUCAACAACCAAACCAGUCACCAACACCAUGUCUAGAAACUCAAAAACUAUAGUUUCAAUUGUUUUUGCAACAAAAUCUGACAACUUUGUUACACCCUCCAUAAGUUACUCCAGUAAAAUACCAACAUUUUGUUGUCCGUCAAGGUGUUCCUCUUGUUGUGUGGUGAGAUCUGGCAGCAUAAAGAGAACCGUAUCUCAUUCUGUGUGUCAGCUAAACGCAUCCAAGAGUGUUUGUGUUGGUUGUGUCACAUGUUGUGGCGUAUCCACUGGCAUUAAAAGAAGUUAUACCACUAUUGUCAUCGUUCUUGCUGUUGCAGUGGUGGUGAUAUUAUUGCUGUGUCUAGGGUUGUGUCUAUGCAGGAAACAUAAAAAGAAAAAUUUGAAAGGAAAGCACGCUGAAACAAAAGGUCGAAAGCCGAGCUUAUUUGCGUCGAAACAAGUUACCCAGUCACAAUCAGAUCUUGUGAAUCACAUGGAGUUGGAAGAAAAUGAUACUUUAGCACCAUGCGACGAAGCUUUCUUUGGUUCCUACUUUGCGGCAAAGCAUGCCAAGAAUCCAUUUACAGAAAAUCCAGAUGAAAUUCCGAAUCACACGGGUGAUGCAGAAGCGCCGAAUUUCUACGCCACGUUAAAGGAACCAGCUCAUGAAUUGAACAACCUUGAAAAUAAUGCGAACAAUCCGCCUGUACAUAACAAGGACACGAAUGCUCCGGUUUAUAAAGAACUUGAAAGUCAAGAAAAUGUUUACGCGAACACCCAACAUGAUGAUGAAAACACUCCGGUAUAUCAAAUCCUCGCUCCUGAAUCUGAAAAUUUUUAUCAGGAUCCGACACUUAGUUCAAAUAAUUAUCAACCUCUGGAAACCAAUCAAAACGACUGUUCAAUCUCCACAACCAAUCAGGAUGCAUACCAAGCUUUAAAAGCCAAUCAGAAUACAUACGAAGGUUUACUGACCAAUCAGGACACAUAUCAAGCUUUGGUACCCAAUCAAAAUAAUUUGUAUGCUGAUCCGGUGAUAAGCAAAAAUGAACCGGACACGUAUCAGAGCUUAACACCAACCGGAAUAGAACUUGAAGAUAGUAAUAAAAAAUCAACGAAAAAUGUUCCUGAUAUUUCGAUAGAAGAUGAAGGUCACGCAUAUCAACCGCUCGUAGCUUCACCCGCUAAAUCAAAAAAAGGUAUCCACCUUGCAUCAGACUUGUCACCUUCUUCGACAGCGUCCUUGCCCAGCCCCGCAAAAUUAAGUGCUAAGAAUAUGGCUCAUCUUUCACCUGCUCUUCAUAAAUCGGGAUCGUAUGGUGGGAAAUAUGAAACUGAAGAUUACGUGCUAAUGUGAGAAUGAAAGAUGGUCGCCAGUAGCUCAGGAUCAAUCAGUCAACUAAGUUGCCAUUAUGACCAGGCUAUGUUAGGAAUAUUUUGUUAAAUUUAUACUAAACUUUGUUGUCAACUGACUUUUUUGUUAAGUUUGUACAAAAAUAUUCGCAAGGCGGUUUAUUUAAAGCAUUAAAUCUAACCUGAGUGUUUAGUCGGGCAUGGGCGGUUAAUACAAAGGGCGCUAUUGUGAAAUGGUGUAUGGUGGGUGUUGUUUUGAUUUUGAUUCUAGUGUCGUAACGAACUCUACAAAUUUAAUAUAUUUUGCGUGAAGCAGUGUUACAAAGCGGGAAAUUGUGAUGUGUGAACUAUUGUACAUGCUUUUAUUUUUAUUAGCAACAGAAAGUAUUUUUCGCGUUCAAUGUUGCUUAAAUUUUCGUAUUUUACAGGCUAAGCUGUUGCUUUUCUAAAUUACAGAGUAACAGAGUUUUUAAAAAUGAAUGUAAAACACUUGAUUUUACAUAUAUUUUAUUUUAUAUAUAUUUUAUUUUAUAUCAUAAUUAUGUGCCUUCGGAAUCAUGUAAUUUUUGAAUUGUACAUAAUGAAUUUUUUUAUUUUAAAAAAAGAUUUUAUAUAGAAUUUUACGAAUUUUUUUCAAAUUAUAAUUUUUAUUAUAAUCAAUCCUAAAGUAUUUUUAAAUUGAUGAAUUUUGAAUUCUGAACCUUACGAUCUCAGAAACGUCCACCUUAAGCAGGUUUCGAAAUAAAGCUAAAAGAUAUGGCAAAAUGUGGCUGCCUUUUGUCUCAGUGACUAAUAUUUUGUACAAAGAAAAAUGUUUUUAUCGACCCUACCCUAUUUGACCCAUUAAGUUUU